GCCUUCCUUUUUUUUUUUUUUUUUUUCUUUUUUUUUUUUUUACUCUACAUAGGAGGGCCGGCAGAGAGCAUUGCAGCCAAAUACACAGCGGAAAACUGAGGUCUCACAUUGUUCUUAUUCGUGGCUCGCCAUCACAAUGGAUGCAUUUCCCCUCUCUAUAGCCUUUCAAUUUUUGAUGAAGCCUAUGUACAAACCAAGCAUACCUAGAUAGCAAUAAGUUUAGAUUUUUGUAACAUAAGCACUUUCAAACCCAAACUAAAGGGGGGGAUAAAGAUUUUCUGAUUCAUUAAUCCUUCCCUUAAACAGGCACAUUUUCUUUUUUUAUAUAAAUAAACACAUAUUACCUCAUAGGCCACCAUCAAACACUGAAUUUAGCUCAGUUAAACAAAUAUUAAAAGAAUAAAUAUAAAAUGAUGGAUUCAACUACAAUAGCAACACUUGCGACAGCCACUACAGUGGCUCUGGCCUCUCAGUCUGACAUGUCAGGAUACAUGUGGCUGUUGAUAAUAGGCUUCAUCAUUGCCUUUAUCCUGGCGUUCUCUGUUGGGGCAAAUGAUGUGGCCAACUCCUUUGGCACGGCAGUGGGCUCCGGUGUGGUCACUUUGCGGCAGGCCUGCAUCCUGGCUACCAUAUUUGAGACCCUGGGUUCAGUGCUGCUGGGUGCCAAAGUCAGCGAGACCAUCCGACAGGGCAUCAUUGAUGUUCGAAUGUACAAUGGAUCUGAGCACGUCCUGAUGGCAGGGUCGAUAAGUGCAAUGUGUGGCUCUGCUGUAUGGCAGCUGGUUGCAUCAUUCCUGAAGCUCCCCAUUUCUGGAACUCACUGCAUUGUUGGAGCCACAAUCGGCUUCUCCAUGGUAGCCAGAGGUCACCAAGGGGUCAGAUGGAUGGAGCUGCUCCGCAUUGUGGCAUCCUGGUUCCUGUCACCUGUGCUGUCAGGUAUCAUGUCAGGGAUUCUCUUCUAUUUCGUACGCAAAUUUAUUCUGAACAAGGCUGAUCCUGUACCCAACGGCCUCAGAGCUCUUCCUAUUUUCUACGCCAUCACUAUGGGUGUCAACCUCUUCUCCAUCAUGUUUACAGGAGCACCACUACUGGGUUUUGACAGAAUGCCAUGGUGGGGUACGCCGUGCAUUUCACUGGGUUUUGCCUUCGUCACAGCUUUGGUAGUUUGGUUUGUUGUCUGCCCACGCCUCAAGAAGAAAAUAAAGCGAGAAACAGCUGCUGCCCCCUGUGAGACUCCACUGAUGGAUAACAACAGUAAACCUGCAGUUGCAGAGCAGCCCCCAGUACCUCAGCCUCGUCCCCAGACCCCACCAGCUGACACUCAGAAGGUGGCAUUCAAGCUCGGUGGAUCUGAGGAGGCAGAUUUGGACAACAAUGACAUGGAAACCAAAGAUCUGGAUGUUAGCAAUGCUUUGAACGGCACUGUUGGCCCCAUGAUGAUUACAGAUCCUCACAGUGGACGGUCCCACACCAUUCACAAAGAUUCUGGACUUUACAAAGACCUCCUGCACAAGCUUCACAUGGCCAAGGUUGGGGAUUGCAUUGGAGACAGUGAUACAGAGGAGCGGCCCAUCCGAAGGAACAACAGCUACACCUCUUACACCAUGGCCAUCUAUGGCAUUCAAGGGGACCCUAAAUACAGAGAUCUGGAUGGGAGUCUGAAGAGGAGGUCCCGGGUGGACAGUUACAGUAGCUACAGCUCCUCAGUGACCACCGUGAGUGCAGUCCAAGAUGGGGCUGUGGCUCUGGAGGCUGCAAAAGACCUCACAGUGGAGGAAGAUGAGCUGGAGAUCGACCAACCAGCUGUUUCCUUGCUUUUCCAGUUCCUCCAAAUACUUACAGCAUGCUUUGGCUCCUUUGCUCAUGGAGGAAAUGAUGUCAGCAAUGCAAUUGGUCCACUGGUGGCACUCUGGCUUCUAUAUGAGAGUGGCUCUGUGGUGUCUAAUAGUCCCACACCCAUUUGGUUGCUGCUGUAUGGUGGUGUGGGUAUCUGCGCUGGUCUCUGGGUAUGGGGUCGAAGGGUGAUUCAGACCAUGGGCAAAGACCUUACUCCCAUUACACCCUCAAGUGGUUUCAGCAUUGAACUCGCUUCAGCACUAACCGUUGUUGUGGCAUCUAAUAUCGGCCUCCCUGUCAGCACAACCCACUGCAAGGUGGGUUCAGUGGUGGCUGUAGGAUGGCUGCGCUCCAGGAAAUCAGUUGACUGGCAUCUGUUCAGGAACAUCUUUAUCGCCUGGUUCGUUACAGUUCCCAUCUCUGGACUGAUCAGCUCUGCAAUCAUGGCUCUGUUUAUAUACAUUAUACUGUGAGCAUCUCACUUCUGUCAGCACACUGUUAAUUCAACUAAUGGACCACUACCUGAAGUCAUAUAUAUAUGAGACUGACUGAUUAAAAUGUGCUAAUAAAUAUGUUUCUUAUGUUGUUAUUUGUUAAUGUUAUGAAUGGAUGAAUCGUAGUCCAUUGUUUUUCAGGGUUACCUCCAGAAAAAUGGCAAGAAACAAUGUAGAAUCUGAACACACUACUUAAUAGGACAUGUAUGAUCCUGUGUAUCCAAUGUAUAUUUGUAUUAUACCAAUACAUUUUGAAGAAAUCUAAUAAUUAAAACAAUGUAAAAAAAAAUCUAUUUUGGUAUUUGGAUUUGAUAAGACAGGAAACUGAAGUGGAGGUCAAUGCAUUUAACUAACUUUUGAACAACUGGUAAGAAACUCAAGAAAAACCUCAAAAGCAUCUUUUGCUGGGCCUGCUGAUGUUUACUGUUGUUACUGAGUCCACAAGGUGGUGCUGUUGCUGAACUUAUCACAGAUCCUGCCUGUUGCUCAAGAAUAACAAACACUGCCUCCUGAUACUCUGUCCUUUUACUGUGAAGAGACACAUAAGCACAAGAGUGCAGCUUCUUUUGUUAUUGAAGUGGACAGUAACAGACGCAACAAAAAAAGUUUAAAGAAAAUAAUAUUACUUAUACACAGUCAAAGUCAAAGAAACAAUUGUGUUUUUAUUAUUUUUUAUUUAAGCAGUCAUUGUAUAUGCCAAAUCCAUGUGUCAUUAGAUAACAGGUGAGAAAGGUGUCUUUUUUGAUGAAGAACAGCAACAAUUUGUUUUGUAUGGCAUUGUAAAAUCGAUGAAAUAUGUCAAGAUAAGUAUUUGAUCAGACAUAAACAGCUGCAUAAGUGUAUGACACGGCUGGAUACUAUAAGACACUGAAAACAACUCAGAUCUGAAGACAGCUGUUAAGUACAUAUCUACUGAGGAUGAAAUACGAGGAAUUUAUAUAGACUGCAAUACAUACUACAACAAAUUCAUCCCAAAUGUUAUCAGAUACCAAAGAUGCACUGCUACCUUGGUGCAUGGAGCGGGAAUGAAGGUGACAAAGAUUAACUGGAUGUUUGAUGGUGUGUACUCAUGGGACAUUAUGACAAAGUUAUCAUUAAACUACUGUAGGUGUGGUACUCUGCACAGUAUAGAUGACAGAAAAGUGUUAACCUAUUUAUUAAGGAGGAUCUUCUACCUUAAACUGAAUAAAUG